AUGGCCGCCACGACAAGACUCUGUCUCUUCACCCAGAGCAUCUCAUGUCAGUCUAUUCUCAUCCAGCAGAUGAAGACCUGGUAUGAUGCACAAGCUUACUGCAGACAAAAUCACAUGGACCUGUUAAUCGCUCAGAGCACUGACAACUGGACAUAUAUUCAAGGAGCCGUUCAACCUUUAUUGACUUCAGUGGCCUGGAUUGGACUCUACAAUGACAUCUUUAGCUGGCGGUGGUCUUAUCGAAAUGAGAACAUUACAUUUCAGCUUUGGGCAAAUGGAGAGCCAAACAACAACAAUGCAAGAGAGGCAUGCGGUUUAAUGGUGUAUGACACAUGGAGUGAUUACCCCUGCUUUAGUCAGUAUCCCUAUAUUUGUUACAAUGAGAACGCAACAGACAAGUUUAUUUACAUCUCUUCAUGGGACACAUGGUAUAAUGCUCAGAGAUACUGCAGACAACAUUACACAGAUCUGGCCAUCAUUCGAAGUCAAAAUGAGUCUGACCAGGUGAAGCUGAUCCGAGGAUAUCCUUAUAUAUGGAUUGGUGUCUUCAGGAACGAGUGGACGUGGUCAGAUGGGACAAAUGCAAAUACUUCAUUAAUUCCUUGGAUGAGUGGACACCCUUAUAUAAGUGGGCAAGUGGAUCAACCUUGUGGAGCUAUAGGUCCUGAUGGUUUGAUGGUGGAUCAACUCUGCUCAGAUGCCCUUCCUUUCAUCUGUUGGUCCCAUUCAAUCAAACAGAUUCUUAACAUUGGGGUGAAAUCCAGUCAGAAUCCAAAUGAUCCUGCAGUGAUGGGGAUGGUCUUACAGAGGAUCAGUCAGAAACUGAAGGAUCGUGGGAUAAAUGUCAUCAGAUUAAGAUGGAGAGUGCAGCCAGAUGGAAAUGUUUUCUCACCAAAAAUUUCAACUGAAAAACCUGACAUUAUUUGUUCAGACUUUUAAACAUACAACAACUAGUAGCACAUCUAUUAAGUGAUUUAUUAGACUUAUCAGAGUCAGAAUCUGCACAUUAUAGCAUUUCUUCUUUUAAAUUAAUUAUAAUGUGCUCUUAAAAAGCAUUUUUAAUUUUAAAUAUAAGUCUAAUGUCAUGUUUUUCCACUGUACUACAAUCAAUCCACUUUUAGUGUCUGUACACAUAUGAUGACCUUUAUUGCAAAUAUCAUCCUUUACAACCCUGGACUUUUACUUUUCCACAUCAGGACAUUUACCAGAAGCUGAAUUUGCAUAAUAUACGUUUACCAUUUUGUACAAAUGUUUGCAUGUUAUAUUUUCCUCA